AUGAGGGCGGCGUCUGCGCCCACAGGCUCUGCGUUCGGCGGAACCCUGUCGCGCGUCGCCUGUCGCAGUCGCAUCAGGAGCGUGCGCAGCUCGGGCUGGGCGUCGGACGGCGAGGAAUCGGACAACGAUGGCGACUGGUGUGCAACGGUCGCGCACGACGACUGGGCGCCGGUGCGACGGCGACUAUCCUUCGCGGAGCAAGAGUCGAUGGGCGACGAGGCUGCGACUACAGGCAGGCCGGAGGCGGGAAUUGAGGAGCGGGGGGCAGGAAUUCCCCCUUGUGGCGCGGUGAGCGACCUUCUCGCUGCGUUCGCUCGCACAUGCUCCAUCGCCGCCGCUUGCCCUGCGCCCGCAGCCACGUGUCCAGCCGUCAUUACGUCGCAAGAAGCGUCGCACGGCAUGGAGGUCGCAUUCGCGGCACGAGCGCUGGUUAGCGCCGCAGAGGAGCGCGGAAUGGGGGCCAGCGGGGCCGGGGAGCGGGGGUUGGGGGUUGUAAGGUGGAGGGUACGGACGUGCGGGGCAGGGGGCAUGGGGGGAGGCGGGGCGGGGAUGAAAGGGGGAAAGGGCAGGGCGGAAAAGAGAGGGAGGGAGAGUGAUAGCGAUGGGGAUGCGGAAAGUGGGGAGGAGAGUGAGGAGGAGAGCGGUAGUGGCGGCGACGGUACGUCUGGGAGUAGUGGCGAUGGGGAUGACGAUGAGGAGGGGGAGGAGGAAGAGGAGGGAGAGGAGGAAGAGGAGGAGGAGGAGGGUGAAGAAGAGGAGGAGGGUGAAGAAGGGGAGGAGGGUGAAGAAGAGGAGGAGGGUGAGGAGGAGGAGGGAGAGGAGGGCGAAGAGGAUGAGGAAGAGGAGGAGAUGAAGCAGGUGCUUCCGGAGCAGCACCAGCGCGAGAAGCAGCAGCCCCAACAACAGCAGCAAGAGCGAGAGCAGCAGCAGCAGCAGGGCGCGCAGCAGCAGGACGCGCAGCAGCAGCAUGGCGAGCAGUACGAGGAGAAGCGGGUGUACGUGGGCGGGCUGCCGUACUACGCGACAGACGACGCCAUCCACGAGUGCUUCGAGGGGUGCGGCCGCAUCGCGCUCAUCCACCGCCUUCACUUCCCCGACUCGGGCCGCUUCCGAGGCAUCGCGCUCGUCACUUUCAAGGUACGCGCGCUGAGGCUACCUUUUUUUCCCGCGGCCCCAUUCCUCCCGCGCCCCUCUCUGGCCUUGCCCUCUCCGGCCCCACAUCGGUUGGGAGCUCAAGCUGUCUCCCCACGCAGUUCUCUCGCUGUCGACUGUGUUGCUGCCCUCAACUCACCCUCUUCCUCUCUUCCUGUCCUUACGGCCAUCGGAGCACGGAAGGCGUUGGAGCUGGACGGCGUUGACAUGGACGGCCGUUUCCUUCGCAUCAAGCCCUGCCGAGUCAACCCCUCCUCCGCCUCCUCCGCCCCCACUCCAACCACCCUCUCCGCCACUCACCCCACCACCACCGCCACCGCACCCAGUCCCAAGGAUCCCUCCGACCUGCCGCCCCCUCAGCGCGCACCAGGCAGCCUCCGCGCGUACGUGGGCAAUCUCGCGUGGAGCAUGGACGAGGCGGCUGUAGCGGCCUUCUUCCCCGGCUGUAGCAUAGCUGUGGUGCGCCUGGCGAGGAAUCCCGAGACCGGGCGGCACAAGGGGUACGGGCACGUGGAUUUUGAGGAUGAGGAGAGCUUGGAGCGGGCGAUUGAGCGCAAUCAGCAGGUGGCGUGUGGGCGGCCGGUUAAGGUCGCUUAUGCUGUGGCUAGUCGGGGGGUUGUGGGGGGCGGAGGGGCAGGAGGGGUAGGGGUGGCAGGGGGAGCAGGGAGGAUGGGGGGAGCCGCAGGGGGAGCAGGUGGAGCAGGGGGUGGGGGAAGUGGGCAUGGGGGUGCGGGGGCUGGGGGAUUAGCAGGGGAGGUGGGGGGAGGUGGGGAUGCGAUGGAGCAGGAGCAUGAGGGGGCGGGGGGGAGGAAGGGCAAGGGGCGGAAGAAGGGCGCAGAGGGGUGCUUUGUGUGUGGGGACGAGGGGCACAAGUCGUUUGACUGCCCGGAGAAACACCGCAAGAUGAAGCGCCACAAGAGCCAUUGA